AUGGCAGUUUCCGAUGAUCCUGACUGCCUGGAGGCAUUAACCCCGGGGCACUUUCUAAUUGGACGUCCGUUAACGACUUUAACAGAGCCAACCCUGCUCGAUGAACCGACAAUAAGUUGUCCAAGACGAAGAUGGGAUCUGGUUCAAAGAAUGUUUCAGCAAUUUUGGCUGCGCUGGCGCCGUGACUAUGUUAACUCUCUUCAGCAACGACCCAAAUGGUCAAGGCCCAUGGCUAAUUUCAAAAUAGGAGAUUUGGUUAUACUAAAGGAGGACAACCAAUCACCCCUGGACUGGCACUUAGGUAGGAUCACUCAGCUACAUCAGGGAUCUGAUGGACUAGUCCGAGUGGCUACUGUCAAAACAAGGGGCAGCACUAUGAAGCGGCCAAUUACGAAACUGGCAAUGCUACCUAUCCAACAUGAACCUUAG